AAACCUAGAUAACGAGGAGUAUCUUUCAUUAAUUUCAGUUUCAGAAUUAUUUCAUUCGAUGAAAAUGUGUUCUGCUUUUGUUUUGUUAUGUUUUUCUCUUCAGUAUCUUAAAGUGUCUGGAGGAUUUGAUAUAAAGGGGAACAUUGAUGUGGCUCCGGUGGUUCUUGUGCAUGGCGGAGCAGGCAGCAUUCCACCAGAAUAUGAGGAGGAGAAGAUAAAUGGUAUGAAGAAUGCUGUCAGAGAAGGCUGGAAUAUGCUCCAAAGUUCUGACAAUGCGCUGAAUGCCGCAAUAUCAGCUGUCAAGAUAAUGGAAGACGAUCCAGCCUUCAAUGCUGGGCGAGGUUCAAAACUUACAAUCCUUGGCCAGGUAGAGAUGGAUGCAGCAGUUAUGGAUGGGAAACAAAUGGAAGCAGGCGGAGUAGCUUGCCUAAAGGGUAUCAAGCAUCCGAUUGAAGCAGCCAGAUCUGUAAUGGAAAACUCAAGCCAUGUUCUCCUUGUUGGUGAAGGGGCAGGGAAAUUUGCAAUUAAGAACGGUGGUGAGGAGGUUGGAGAUGAUUGGUUGAUUACAGACAGAAGUAGACAACUUCUAGAUGAGUAUCUUAGAAACCAUAACAUCUCUCAUAUAGACAGUGAGAUGAUUUGGACAUUUGAACAUCUUGGUCAUCAGUUUGGUCAUGGAACAGUUGGAGCUGUGGUGGUCGAUACUCAUGGAAACUUAGCAGCAGCCACAAGUACUGGAGGGAUCACUGGGAAAAUACCAGGUCGGGUUGGUGACAGUCCUUCCGUGGGGCAUGGUGUUUUCGCGGACAAUCUUAGUGCAGCCAUAUCUUGCACUGGAUCUGGAGAAACUUUUAUGAAAGCCGGAGUUGCAAGGAGAAUUGCUUCUAAGAUAGAGAUGGGGUUAUCUCCAAAGGACGCUGCUGAAGAAGCUCUUGAAUAUAUGAAGGUUAGAGUUGGAGGAAGUGGUGGAGUUAUAGUUCUUGAUCCUACUGGAAAUAUUGGAAUCCAUUGGAACAGUAAACAGAUGGCCUGGGCCUAUGCUAAAGAUGGAAAACUACAUUAUGGGAUUAACGUUGGAGAAGAUUUUAUUGAAGAUCUCUGAGAAAUUCCGUUGAGAAAUAUGCUGCGGAUUCCUGAAAUAAAAUGUUUUUGUUUUUGUUUUUUUAUAAUUACGAACUAAUUUGAUCAUCUGAGCUUUUUUGUAAACACAAUCAUCAAAGUGUUAUUUUUUUUUAAUUAUUAUUGGUAAAUUGAUGUAAAUUUAAGUUCAGAAAAUAAAAUCAUAAGGAACAGAAA